AUGUCGGCGCUGUUUAACCUCGAGUCCAUGAUCACCGUUAUCAUCCUCUGCAUUUGCACAUGUACCUACCUGAAGCCGCGGUUCCCUAACGUCUUUGACAAUAAGAAGAACGGCUUCUUGGGUACCCUCGGGAAAUUCGCAGUCAUCGGGGACCGCCUAUCCCUAUACGUCUCCUUGGCCUGUGUCAUCCUGGCCUUCGUCAACCUCUUCCUGCGCUAA